AUGAACGGGUCAACCCUGGCUGCUGGGUGGAUCGUGUUUUCAACAUUCACUGAUGGUAAAUUGUCUACUCUGUCAGUCACUCCUAUUCCCAUCAUUGACUGCUCACAGAAAAGCAUUUCUUCCGUGAAUGUACAUGCUCAUUCGCAUUCGUGUCUUUGUUUUCGCUUGACACGGUGCCGUGCACGGCCCCACUCACAAACAAGCGCCGAUACCAUCGGAGGAGACACGUACCACUACCGCCGCAGCACAUUUGUUUAGAUGACCAUUAAACACACCCCCUUUCCUUUCCUUUUGUGAUAGUC